GGUGUCCGUAUUGUAGUUUAUCUCGACGAUUUCUGAUCGUCAAUCAAGAUCGAUGUUUGCUUCAGCGGCAAACUUCUUCAAUCAUAGAAUUUCUUCAGGCUCUAGGAUGGAUUCUCAAUUUCAAAAAAUCUAUUACGAAUCCCACACAAAACAUCGAAUUCUUAGGAAUUCAAUGGAAUACCCUACAGAACGAAAAAUAUCUGCCUCCCAAGAAGAUAGUAAAACUACAAAAGGAGCUUCAGCGACUUCUUUUGAAGAAGACCUGCUCUCUCAGCGAAGCGAGGUCCGAUCUGGGGCGAUUAAAUUUUGCCAAUUACGUAAUGGCACAGGGUCGUUUACAUUGCCGCCACUUUCAACGUCACCUUCGCACGCUACGCAAGGGAAAGCAUCCAAGGCAGCAAUACAUGUUGCCGAAGGACGUCCUGUUGGAUCUACAGUGGUGGCGGCGUGCGGUUAGCGAUUUUUCUAUGAUUCAUUUACCACAAAUUACUCACUACCUAGUAACCGAUGCUUCCAAUUACGGUUGGGGAGUCCUACUAAACGACUCGUGUCUUGCCGGGUCGUAGGAACCUUACCAACAAACUUGGCACAGCAACCUCAAGGAGCUAGUAGCGAUCCAGAGAGCGAUAGAAUCUAAUACAGAGGGCUUACGCGGGGCCAGUUUGCUGAUUCAGUCAGACAAUGUAACGGCUCUCGCGUACUUAAGGAACGAAGGGGGCACGAAGUCAUCAAAAUUAAUGAGUCAAACCCGCCAGGUAUGUCAACUAAUUCAAGACUUACAGAUUGUAGUUACUUAUCAACAUCUACCAGGACGUUUCAACUGUGUGGCCGAUCGACUGUCUCGAGGCAAAUCGAUACCAGAGUGGCAUCUCCUACAAGAAGCGACAGACAAAAUAUUUCAAAAAUUCAGUAUACCUCAGGUGGAUCUCCUCACAUCAGCGCGAGCCCACGUAGUUCCCCAUUACGCGUCCCUAGACCCGAGGGACGAGGCCGCUCUAUUCCACAAUGCCUCCAGCAAGCGAUGGGAGUACCAACUAGCUUGAGUGUUUCCUCCUCCAUCACUCAUGCUUCGGGUUUUGACUCACCUAAACAAUUGCAGGGGCCAGUAUAUUGUAGUAGCCCCCCACUGGACAAAGUCGUUUUGGAGACCAGAUCUACAGAACAGAGCCCUCAGCAGGCCAGUUCUAACACACGGCCUACAGAGAACUCUAAUAGACGUAACUACCAACCUAACGCUCCCCAAGGUAACCGAUUUGAUAUUGAAAGCUUGGCUGAUUGGAGCUGGGACACCUUACUGAAAAAUUGGACCCCAGCAGAGAAGGCCGUAUUGAUGAACGGGUGGCGGAAAUCUACUUUGAUGUCAUAUAAACCGGCCUGGAAUCGAUGGGUAAAGUGGUGUUUAAAAAACGAAGUUUCCAUUAUUACACCGCAAGCAAAAGCCCUCGCUAAGUUCCUCGCAGAUCUCCAUAUUACAGAAAAGCUUGCCCCAUCAACCAUACAGUUACAUAAAUCUGUUGUUUCCACUAUUUGCGAACCGCAUUUGAGUAAAAAAUUAAGUCAAGACACAUUUGUGCGGCGAGUGUUAAAAUCUGUUUCAGUAGCACGCCACAUUAAUAGGAAAGUCCCCAUUUGGGACCCGCAACAGGUUGUACAAUGGUUUCAAAACAAUGUGCCGAUUAAUAUUUCAUUUUUCGAAGCGUGUCGGCGUUGUGCUACAAUAUUAUUACUUACAUCGGGAAGGAGAGUUCAUAAUUUAACAUGGUUAUCCAUUUCACCAGGUCACAUACAAGAGGAUAAUAUUAACAUUAUUUUGUUGCCAAUAUUUGGUUCGAAAACAGACACCGCACAACACCAACAAUCGGGAUGGAAACUUAGCCCUCAUGAUGUUCAAGCAAUUUGCCCUGUCUACUGGGUAGAAAAAGGUCAUUGAACUAUCGACAUCAAGAAGAGGCUCACUUCAACAACUAUUCAUCACGACUCGGGGAACACCGAAACUUGCCUCCAGGACGGUAAUUGGCGGUUGGGUAAGAACUGUUCUUAAAUCUGCAGGUAUAGACGCUGCACCUGUCAGCAGUCGCUCUGCAGUUGCCUCUUACAACUGGUUAUGUAACGUCCCAUUAGACACCAUACUCGAGAAAGGUAACUGGAGACGGGCUUCGACUUUCUAUAAACAUUACUGUAGAAAAAUAAAUAAGACUCUUAGUGCUAAUAAUAACACAUCAAAUGUAUCAAAUUUAUUUAAUCCAAUUUAGAAUAUUCUUGAAUUGUUUACAAAUGCAUGCUUAAUACGUAAUUGUUGUCUAUUUAUUAAAUUAUACAAUGUUUCUUACAGAAUGUUAGUUUACUUACAAACUAUAAUACAAAGAUAAACACUAAAUAAAUAUCUUUCUUUUAAACAGUAUGAAAACUUUAACGAUUCGCUUCAUUUCUAUCACA